GUCCAGUUAAGUGUUUAUUUGGGGAAUAAUGAUACGUUUUGAUUAUUUUUGAAGUUAAUACGUCUUAUAGUUUACUGUACAUAUUUCUUUGGACCAAAUGAAGUGUUUUCACCUACAAAAAGAGCGCAUAUCAGUCGUGUCCAGCUUAGCCGUGUGGCACUGCCGCGUCCAAUGCGGCGAUGGAUGGUGGAGCUGAGCUCAUGAAAGAUGGCGGUGCUGAUCCUCCUUCGGAGCAGCAGCCUCCCCCUCCCAGUAGCUCUUCUUCACCGGGAGUAAGAGUCGGUGGAGGAGACGCGUCCUCAGAGGAUGGUGGUGUCCUGCCUGAGGCCCCAACCACUCCUUCAGAAGUAGGCUCGGAGGCCCCCUACGUGGCCACUCCAGAAAGGCCCGAGCUUGAGGAUGGGGCUCAGCUCGAGGGGCCUUGCUUGCUCAAGAUUGAGCCGGAAGUGACUGUACCAGUUGCACUAUGUACAGAGGGAGGAGGAUCACCCCAAGUAGUCAGGAGGGGACCAGGGAGGCCCAGGAAAGAUGGCAGUGGCCCUGUACAGAGAAAGAAGAUCCACAGCAGCUUUCCCGGAAGGCCACGUGUGCGCUCUCGCAAACCGGGACUGCUGUCCCUUCAGCAUCCCGGUAGUCUUGUUGGCCCCGAUCUCAUGACCAGUGGUGGACUGGAGCAGGAGUCCGAUCCCCAACUGCCGCUGGCCCCUUUUCCUGCCACCACUUCAGACGCAGGGUAUGAUGGUGAUAUGCCACUGGAGCCCGGCGUGGAAAGGCUGGAUGAGCUAUCUACACACGAACGGCAAGAGCGUGUAUGCUCACUGUGCGGUCUCGGGGACGGGAGUCACUACGGGCAGGGCAAGUUAUUGCGGGCAGAGCCCACACCGGGCUUCUGUCCCCAGCUGAGGCGGCCCCCACGGUUCCGAAGAGUGUCUGCUGACGCAGACAUGGCCGUCGGCAGCCUUGGAAAGCCCGUUGUGCCGAGGAGAGGGAAACCCAAGAGCAUCAAACCCCUUCGGGGUAAAAGCCUAGCACGUUGCUCCUUGGAUUCCAAGAUGACAUCAACUGACGAUGGGUUUUCUGUGGGGUUUGCCGAAGAACCUGAUGUGGUAACACUUUUCGAAGCCACAGGUCACACAUUGGUCCACCACAACUGUGCAUCGUGGUCGGAAAGUGUUUGCCAGUCUGAAGAUGGGACCUUGCUCAACGUCGACAAAGCUGUAUUUGCAGGAAUCACACAGGCAUGCAGUGGGUGUCAGAAAUUUGGAGCAACAAUCCGAUGCCACGUGGCUGACUGCACGCAGAUUUUUCAUUUCCCAUGUGCAGCUGGGUAUGGCUGCUUUCAGGACAUGAAAGCGUUGAUGCUGCUUUGUCCGCAUCAUGCCAUCAAAGCCCCUUCUUUUGUGGGCUCCCAAGCACAGUGCCAGUCAUGUGCAGAGCUGGGAUCCGUGUCUGACUUGCUACUCUGUGUACAGUGUGGUACCCACGUUCACGGCUAUUGUCUCGACCCCCCCGUUCUGGCGAACCCUUCUGCGCGUGCAGGCUGGCAGUGUCCAGACUGCAAGAUCUGCCAAGUCUGCAGCCAAUCAGGUGACGAAACAAAACUGAUGUCAUGUGACACCUGUGACAAGGGUUUUCACACGUAUUGUGCGAAACCCGUCAUGGCCAGUGUCCCAAAACACGGCUGGAAGUGUCAGAACUGUCGCGUGUGCGGUGACUGUGGAUCGCGAACCCCUGGCAGUGGCCCCAGUUCCCGUUGGCACAUGAAUUUCUCAGUGUGCGAUAGCUGCUACCAGCAGCGCAACAAAGGGGUUGCUUGCCCCCUGUGUGGAAAGGCCUACCGGCAGUUCACUCACAGACGAGACAUGACGCAGUGCACUGUGUGCCGGAAGUUCAUUCAUGCUGAAUGCGAUCCUCAGCUAUCAGCAACACGGGAAACAGAUUAUGUCUGUCCUGUUUGCAACAACACCAGGCAGCAGGCCAAUAUAUCUCAGUCAAGCAAGAUAGAUUCUUCCACAAGAUUACGUAUCCCAGCCUCAGACGGAUCACCUGGGUACAUGCCUAGUCCAGCUUGUGGAAAUGAUGAUUCUCGUUCAAGUACAGAUAAUGAUCCCCAGCAGCCUUUCAGGGUAGCUCAACAGUCCCCUUCUGACUUCAUGGGCAUUGAACGCAGGCCAUCUCCUGCACACCACUCUCUAGGGAAGCCACCCUUAGCCCGCUAUUCAGGGAAGAGACGAUAUAGCGUCGGCAAACCCAGGCAACAGUUUUAUGGUGGUUGGAUUACGGCUAGUGGGAGGUUUGCAGCCAAACGGAGAGACAAAGCUGUGGAACUUCGUCGGAAGAGGGGGCCCAAGCAGAAGCACAAGUCCUUCUUUCUCGGUUGCAAUGUGCCACAUGCCGGUGUACCCGUCAUACCUGAAAGCAAGGAAGCCAAACAAGACGAAGAACCAGCCAUGGACAAUAAAAUGGUCCUAUUUUCAGCCAAUGAUGAUUUUGUUCUAAGUCAGGACUUGUGUGCCAUGUGUGGAAGCUUCGGCCGUGCUGAGGAAGGCCGCCUCAUUUCGUGUGCACAGUGUGGCCAGUGUUACCACCCUUACUGCGUUAAUGUUAAGGUGACCAAAAUAAUCCUCAAGAAGGGGUGGCGGUGCCUCGAUUGUACAGUGUGCGAGGGAUGCGGAAAGCCCCACGAUGAAAGCAGGCUGCUUCUGUGCGACGAGUGUGACAUAAGCUAUCACACGUAUUGCCUCAAUCCUCCGUUGGACACCGUACCUAAGGGGAACUGGAAGUGCCAGUGGUGUGUUGUGUGCCUUCAGUGUGGCUCAACUGACCCUGGGUAUGGGUCACAGUGGCAGUGCAACUACACCAAGUGUGGGCCCUGUGCCAGUCAUGUUGUGUGUCCAGUUUGCACGAACGAGUACAUUGAGAAUGACCUCGUCAUCCAGUGUGUGCAAUGCGAGAGGUGGCUUCAUGGCCAGUGUGACCAGAUAUUCUGCGAGGAGGAUGCAGAGAAGUGUGCAGAGUUUGGCUACAACUGCAUCUUUUGCAGGCCCAAGGACGAGAUCCUUCCCCACCUCACCAUUGAUUAUGGUGCUACCCCUUCCCCUCCACCUUGCGAUUCUCCCCCACCACAAUCUGCCAUCACAGCCAGUAAAGCUACAAAGGAAGUUGCAGAACCACCGGUAAAGGCAAAACCGCCGCCACCCCAGUUUGUCCUGGAUGGGGUAUUCCUCUCCGAAAGUGGGCUCCAUCACAUCAAGUCCCUUACAAUGGAGCAACCCAAGAGGCCGCGUGUGCGGAGACCCCGCAUGCCAUCUGGCGGACCUUCUUCCAGUUUACCCAUCAUACCCUUGGGGGCAGCAUUUCGAGGGAGGCUUUCUACAGAAGACUCCGAAGAUACCAAAGAACUACUGGAUCUCGACAUCGACACCCGAAUGGAGGCUGAAGAUGAGGCAAAGUUAGCUUCUGAAGAGGUUCCCAAAGCAGACGUAGAAAUUGAGCUAAAAAAGAAACGUCAACGCAAGCUACACAAGCUUGGUAUUGGAGGUUUCAUGGCCAAGCCCAGGGGCAGGAGUCUCUCUGCCAAAGAGCAUGACUCCUUGUCACUCGGAUUGGCAGGUAGUGAAGCAGGCUCAGAAGCGACGAGUGCACCCACGCAAACAGGCGAAGGGACAUCUCAGGUGCCUGAGGGUGCAACCGAAGGGUCUGCCCCAGGGCCAGAGAAGCCCAAACGCAGACGCAGGGUUAGACGCAAGAACCCCUUGGAAGAUAGCUUUCCUUCUUACCUCCAGGAGGCUUUUUUCGGCCACGAUCUUCUCGUGACAAGCCGGACAGAACCAGCCCCUGAAAUGCCCAGUGAUGAUGAUGAGGACUCUGUCGGUCCAAAAAGCCACACUGAAGACAAUGUUAUAGUAAUAGCGUCUUCGCACAGUGCUGGAGAUAAAAAUAAGCAACAACCAUCAACCACUUCAUCAUCAUUGUCUGCAAGCACAGCACUGCAAGAAAUUGAAUCUGUGAAAGACAGUCUUGGACUGCAUGGUCGUCUGUCUGCCACCCCACCUAAGGGUGGUAGUGAUGAUGAAGACUUGGGAUUGAAGGACAUCUUGCCACAUGACCUGCCACAAGAUGAUGAACUCAUGGAUAUGCUGAUGAAUGACAAUGAUGACCUGUCAAAGCCAGAUUCUGGGUUAGAUGAUGUCAACUUACCAGAGCAAGGUGAUUCACGGGCAACAGGAGAUGACGAGAGCACAGGGGGUGCCAAGGACGACCCUCUGUCGGGCAACAUUGAUACAGUGCUACUCAGCCCCCACUUUAACCUGGACAGCAUGGUCUCUGUCAGCUCAGGCCUCCCCCACAUGGACAGCAAGGAUGUGGAAGACGUCUUCAAAGGCGUACUCAGCCCUACUGACACUUGUGGUCCAAGCGAAGCCAGGAUGGGGACGCUGUCCCCUCUGCAGGCCUCAACAACGGGGAGCAGUGGACGGCCAAGUCUGCAGAACCCACUCACUCCAGUCAGUUCCCACGGGAUGGGCUCUCCAUUCAGUGUGCCACCCCCAUCUCCUUUCCCCAUGGAGUACGGCAGUCCCCAGUUGUCAGAGCCCCCUCCCAGUCCAUGGACGGACCCGGACACAGAUCUGCCCUCCUCAGGAAGCCAGAAAAAUAUCCUUAAGUGGGAGAGUGACGAGGCUCUCGGACCCAACGCUACCAUCUCCCCGGUGCUUUACGCCAACCUCAACUGCCAGAAUCUGCGUCUUGAGUAUCCAAGCUGGACAGAGCGUUCAAAGCAGAUUGCAAAGAUCUGGAGGAACCUUCCACCGGAUAAACGCCAGCCAUUUUUGCAAAUGGCAAGGGAAAACCGGGCCAACAGUCGCAUUCAGAAGUCCCAGGACCCGGGUAAGGUUGUGCGCGAGCAGAAGUCUCCUAGGGAGCUGGAGCAGGAGCGCCAGUGGAAGCAGCUGCAACACAUGCGGCAGCAGCAAACUCAGUCGCCGCACCCUGCGCAACAUCUACUGCCUGCUGACCAGCAAACACGAUCAAAUGUUGGCAAGAGCCAUCAAAUGAUGCUUGGUGAAUGCACUUCACCAGCAGGGUCUCUCUCACCCUCCGCACCAUCACCUACCUCCUCACAGAAAAUAGGUGCAUCAGCUCAGAGUCCCCUUUCUCCUGCAGCUGCACAACGCUCACCCGGUCCAGUGCGUAUCCCUCAGGCACCAAUGAGUCCUUUGAUCCAAGUGUCUCGCGUUCGGCCCCCAAUCGACCCAAGCCGUUUGCCACCAUCUGAAUCACCUUACCCCCUCCAGGGCCUUACCACCCCAGGCCCCUCUGAUGCAACUCGCUUUGUGCACCCUGCCCGUCCACCACCCCUAGGCAGCGCUACACAUACCCCACCCCACACACCAGUUCCAUACCCAGUGUCGCCUCGUCCCUCUUCCACCGCUCCUGUUGACCCUUAUGCACAAAUGGUUGGUACACCACGUCCUUCCACAUCUGAAGUGGGCUACCAUGUGCGUACUCCACCGAUGGCACGCCCUCCUCGCCCACAAACAUUGGAUCCUUACGCGUCACAGCCCGCAACGCCUCGGCCAUCGCAAGGUGCGGAUCCCUUCCCAUCCCAGUCAUCGGCUACUGAGCAGCCACAGCCCCACGUCCAGUAUUCUCCACAAGGGGGCUUUGUAGGUCCACGUGUGUCACAGGAGGGUUACAUCAGAACAUCACAGGGUGGGGACUCCUUCUCACCAGGUCCUCCACAGAGAUCACCCGAUCCUUUUGGAGGGCCUGACCCUUAUGCCCGUCCCAUUGGCACUCCACGUCCUAGCAUGAGGCCCGAUGAUGACGGUUCUCAGGCUGUUGCUAAGCAACAGCUAAGGGACCUUCUGCAGCGACAAAUGAAGAAACAGCAGGAUCCUACCUCACCUCUACCACCAGCAGCUGUGGUGCAACCACAACAGAGGAUGGCACAACCAUGGCAACAGCCACAACCUGGUAUGAUAGUGCAAGGCAGCCGCAUGGUGCUCAGCAGUGGUGGAGCAGAGCUCGGCUUUCGUGCUCCCCUACCCCCUGGAGCAGCUGCAAAAAUGGCGCUUCCAGGGGACCAGCAGGGCGGCUUUCCCCACCCCGUGGGAACUGUCCUGCCUGGCAUUCUUGACCCGAGAGGGCAGCAGCAGGGAGGACCCUUGCGAGCCCCUGUGAGCGACGUCCGCCUGCGCAUGCUGAUUCUCCAGCAGCGUCAACAGCUGAGGCACCAGCACUGGCAGCAGCACAUUCAGCAGCAGAGAAUGGCCCUGGGUCGACCACCAGCACCCGUGCCUACAUCACCUGGAGGGUUGCCAUCCAUGGGAAGUAUCGGGCCAGAUGGGUUUCCAGGACAGAGGGCAGUGGCACCACAGGCCCAAAGCCUACAACAGCAGCAGCAACACAGUCCAGUCACCCGUGGCAUUCCAUUCAAUCAACAAGCUCCAGCAGAUGCUCAGGAAGGCGUGGAACUGCCUGAUGGUUCCUUCCUUACAUCAUCUACAUCCAGCUCAACUUUUCCAGUCAAGCAGGAAAGCGUAAGCCAAGGAGCUAAGACAACAGCAAGUGGACCUCUGGCGGCGCAGGUGGGCAGCAGUGCUGCAAAACUUCCAGCGAAACCUCAGAAGAAAGAACAGUCUGCACAAGGCGAAGCUCGCAUCCCCUCUGUGGCUCACGGAACACAUCACCAUGUUGCGGCUGAGGUGGCCAAGAAGAAGACCACAGCUGGGGAUUUGGUAAAGGAGGUGGAAGCUCAGGGAGGGGCUGAAGACCCCGAAGAGGCCAUCGGUGACAUGGAAGAUGACCUUGAUGAUGAUGAACUUCUUGGGCUGGGCAAUGACUUCAACAUCUUGGAAUAUGCGGACCCAGAACUCGAUAAAGCAUUUGGAGGUGAAGGUGAAAAGAGCAAUAUCUUAGACGAACACCUGGACCUAGAUGACAAAGAAGAUGACUUAGACGAAGUGGGUGAGAUGAAAUCUAGAGCUGAAGCUGAGGUGAAGGAAGAACCUGGGAGCCGUGAGCAAAAGCCAAAUGUCUCUACCUCCUCUGAUCCACAUAAGGUCAAGGUCAAACCAAAGGAAACGACGCAACCCAACUUCCCAGACUUCCCGCAGCCCACAAGAAGCACCCCGCAAAACGUGGCUGGUUUUCCCCUGCAUGAAGCUUCCCGUGUCUCACGUGCUCCAUCAGCACCAUUUGGAACAUCAGAGGUCGUGACAGGACUUCCAACACCAGCCAUGCGGCCACCACCGCCAUAUGCCCCAUCUCCAGUAACCAGGACAGUAGUGAGACCUCCACCCUCCACUGAUCGGCCGCUGUUGUUGCAAGAACAACCGUUGCUUCUCGAGGACUUGGUGGAGCAAGAGAAGCGGGAGCAGCGCCGUACACAGUGUGGCAGUGACGCAGCAACGCCUACGACAUCGCUGCUGAGCGAUGUGGACUUUGAAAGGCUGAAGGAAGAUGUGCUUUCAGGGCCUCCAGACGAUAGCAUUGGAGGCCCUGUGGCACCACUGCUGCCCCCAGUGGUAUCACCAGUGGUGGUGCCUCAACAACACGCAAUCGUGGGGCACCGCUUUGCGCACGUGCACAUGCCUCCCCAGCAGCAGCAGCAGCAGGGAUGGGGUGGGCAUGACAUGGGCAUGCGACAGCCCAUGAUGGGAGGUGGUGCACCUGGUGGUGGUAUGCGAAUGAUGGGACCACACCGACCUGACCAUCUGUCUCCAGGGAGCACACCUCCGUCGGCCGGCCCGCCGCAGCUUCCUCCUAUACAAUCCCUUCCCGCUCCCCCUGCUCCUCCUUCUAUGCCACCAACCCUGGGCGUGGACCCAGAGCAGCAUAGGCUACAGCUGGCCCAAUACCAGGCAGCUGUGGCUACUUAUGAGCAGUGGCUUGCCCAACAGGAAGCCCUCUUGGGCUCCCAGAAGAAGGUCCUGGAGACAGAAGUGGGCAAGCUGCGCAAGGCCAAGAAGGCCCUUUCCUCCAAGCAAAGGCAGCUCACCAAGGCUGGGCAGGAGCUGCCACAGCACAACGCCAUGGAACUCAUGCGCAUUGCUCAGGAGCAACCCUCCCUGCAGAAACAGCUUGAUCAGGUACGGAAAUUGUAUCGCCAGCACACUAUGGUAUUGCAAGAAUAUCGUGCCAAGCAGCAAAAGCGCCAGCAACAACAGCAAAUGCAACAGCAACAGAUGCAACAACACCAAAUGCAGCAACAACAGAUGCAGCAGCAGGGCCAUAUGGGGUCCAUGAUGGGGGGCCCCGGAAUGGGAGGACCUCAGUUGGGAGGUCCUACUGUGCCUACACCAGGAAAGCUAGUUCAGCAACAUCCCCAACAUUCGCAGCAUGUCUCAGUUUCUGGUGCGGGAGUACCAGGUCCCCCUCCAUCACCAAUGCCUCCUCCAUCCUCCCCAAUGGGUAGCCUUUGUCCCUCACCACGAAUGCAGCCCCCUUCAUCGCCUCUGAUGCAGCACUCACCCAUGUCAGCUCCCUCCCCUCUGCUAUCUCAGCUAUCCCCCCAGCAGCCCUCGCCACGUACUCCAAGACCUCCGAGCCUUCACCUUGUAUCUCAGGAUGAGCAAGGCCUGCUGGGUGACGGCUACCAACACCGGGAGAGCAUGGACAAGAUGCAGCAGAUGAUGCCAACUGUGCUGCAAGGAAUGCUACCACAACGAUCGCCACAUCCUGAAGGAAGUGAAGUGGGUGAUGGGGAAGACUUCCAGCAGCACCACCCUUCUCCUCAACAGCAGCAACAAGUGCAGCAGCAACAAGCACAGCAGCAGCAGCAGCAGCAGCACCAACAGCAGCUGCAACAAAUGCAGCUUCAACAACAACUUCAACAACAGCAACUUCAACAACAGCAACUUCAGCAACAGCAACUUCAGCAACAGCAACUUCAGCAGCAGAAACAUCAGCAGUACCAACAGCAACAGCAGGUUCAGCAGCAACUUCAACACCACCAGCAAUUCCAGCAGCAGCAAGUUCCCAGUGGGAAGGAGGCCUCCAUGGGCAUGCAUCAGGGGCCCCCAAGACACCAGAGCACAGGGGGAGUUCCCAUGGUCAGGCCCUUUUCCCAACAGGAUCAGCAACAUCCCAUGAUCCACCCACGGUUCCCGGGUAGCACACAAAUCCCUCGUUACCUCAUCCGGCAGGGGGACUUCCAACUCAAGAACCUCGCAACCACACCUCUUUCAGGGAGUGACCCUCUGAGCCAGCAUCCUCCAGGACACCCCUACCUGCAGCGCACUGGUGGCGGGGUGCAUCCUAUGAUGAGGCCACCACCGCCAUAUCCAGACCACCUGCGCAAGCCUCCACCUUCACCUUCACCAUCUCCAGGACACACUUCAUCUGCCCCCGACACCCCCACCGCUGACACUGACCCCUCACGUACACCCCCGUCGCUUUCCCGUCCAAACUCGCAACCUGCCCUGCAGUCCCCGGACCCACGCUCCUCACCCAUGGAGCGCCAUUUCUCUCCAGGAACCCCUUCAAGCUCUUCAAGUCUGCCACAGAGGUCACCUGCUGUUUCGAUGUCAGCUCCUGACGAAAUUCGUAACGAUGCAGGGGACCGGUCGGUCGAGAGCCUCUCAGACUUGCUGUCGAGGGUAUCCAAGACGCCGUCAGAAUCUCCGAGCCCCCAAAGCAGGCACGAACAAGCAACAGAAGUGCCUUCACCAGGGCGUUCAGUACAUGAAGGAACGACACCACCUUUGUCAAAACAAGAAAGUAUCCUGCAGUAUUUGCGAGCCGGUUCGGUGGGGAGUCCAGCGAGCAAUUCCAAUUCUUCUCGAAGCAGCAUGGAAGCAAGUGGUGGAACAACACCAGGUGCUGGUGGAGAUCCGACAACGCCUUGUGCCUCGGAGAAUCCGCAGUGUCCCCCAACUUCAGCAUAUCAGUGUGUGAGUCUCUCACCGACCUCUAGCCCCACCCCGUCGACAUAUAUUCUGCAGACAAGCCAGGCAGUGACGAUGGCGGACACAUUUACGUCAGAGGGGGGUGAUGGAAUGCCUUCCCUUCACAUGAGGCAGCAGAUGAUAAGAGUAGGUCAGGGCACAAUGACUGUUCCAGCAUCAAGCGGUUUCCUUCGUGGUGCCACUCCACAGCAACAGCAAAGGAUGCAGUUUAUGCAGCAGAUUAGGCAACAACAAAUGCUGAUGCAACAGCAGCAAAGCCAGUACGUGCCGCAACAACAGGGCCUCGCAAUCCGACGGCUGCCAGGACCCCGCCAGUUCCCUGACCCCCAGUUUGCCCGAGCUGCUUUUUACAGGGCCAACAGUCCUGCCCGCAACUUUGGCGUGCGUCCCGGUGGAGGGAACAAUCCCCCCACAUCGGGACUGCCAGGCGGCAGCCCUCACACUGUGGGCGGGGGCAGGGGUGCGCCUCCGACCAGUCCACCCAAAGCAACAGCAUCUACAGACGUUGGCGGCUCUGAGGAGUCGUCGACACCCACUCAGUCGUUACUUCAUCGGGUUGCAGAGAGUGGAAGCAGCUCGUUUGGAGGGAGUACGUUCCACGUGGGUCCAUCAUCCACGCUGAUGUCGUACGGAGCCGACCAGUUGGCCACAAGCGUGUUUGUGUCGUUGGAUUAUCCCGCUACGGCGACGCACGACGGCUGCGUGUCUUCAGAGGUGCUGCUUAGUUUGGAGGACGGGUCCUCGGGCACACCUCAAGAAGAGGAAGAAAUGGAUUCGUCGAGGGUUGCUCUUCUGGUCGUUGGGGAUGAGGAUGCUCUUGCGGAACCACCAGAGCGCCAAGAGGAGCCGCUGGAUGUUGCAGUAGUAGUGGAAACUGUGGGGCCUCUAGCAACUCCCGAGCCGGAGCUGCAAGGGGACGACACACCACGUGGUGAGGACGAAUCCAGCCCCAGUGGUUCAGAAGGUGCAGACAUGAGCAUACACUCUGGGUGCACCGACGUGCUACACAGCGGGGACCACAACUAUUCUAACCCACCUCCCUGUGCUGUUGAAGAGGACUUUGAGAGAAUUCCAGAAGAGAGAUCUCUGUUUUGUCAGGAUGAAACUCCAGCUGAAAUUAAGACUGAGGAUCUGCCAGUGGAAGAUUCUGACACUGCACCUGAGGAGAAGAACUCAUUGGAGAGGUAUACACCUGAGCGAGAGCCAUCACCUCAGGUGAAUCUGCCAUCACCACCAGCGCUGACAGCAACUGGUGCUAGCUCCAUGUCAUUCCCAUCUUCUGUUACCCACACACUAAACUUCACUCUAAGGCAGACUGGAAUGCCCCAGACAGUGCGCUUGCCACAUGAUGAGAGUCAGGUGAUAGUACUACCUGCAAAACCAGUUGUCCCCCAGCUCUCCCCAUCACCGCCAGCUGAGCACCAAUUGAAGAGUGAGCCUGUGUCUGUACCUCCAACUCCUCCCCAUAUGGUUUACCGUAUGCACCCAUCCACACAAGGCAUCACUCCACCAGCUACACCAUCAAAGCCCAUGCGAUGGCUUCGUGGUCCAGAAACGGGGCAUGUUGCCAUCAAGGAAGAAGUCUCUGUCCAGCCUCUUCCAACUCCACAAGUAACUGUGAAGCAAGAAGAAAAAUCUGCCCCAUCUCCGUGUCAAAUGGCAUGCCACAAGCAGGAGGAGGAGACGGACGUUGGGGAGGACGUGGAGCGUCGCACACCGCAGCAAGCGGACGGCCUUUGCGAACCCAGCCCCACGUCCCAGGGGGACCAAGGGGGGAGUAACUCUUGCGAUGUCACCCCUGAACAGAGGGUGCUGGUGACACCACCUCCCGGGACACCUACCCUGCAAGCUGUACCAGUGAUGGAGCCUCCUACAGCGGCACCUCCUGCAGUGGUCAAAGUGGAAGCGACACCUGUUGAAGCGGCGUGUGCAGGAGGUGCAGAAAUGUUGACCCCAGAAGUGGACGAAAAGCCAUCCCUAGGAGGUUGUGCUGUGAAUGCAGACAGUAUUGACAGCAUGAUGUCUAAUGAGCAGAACGUCCUUCUCAAGCAGUUGCUCCAGAACUGCCCUUCUGCUGAAACACAGACGUCUGAAGCUGACACAGUUGAGCCAGAGAAAGGCAGCACAGCUCCAGCAAGCAAGCCUGUGGCAGUGCCCGUGCAGGCUGCUGAUGUGUGCUCGACCCAGCCAUCUCAACCAGUUGUCAUUGCUCAGGCAGAGGGAAGUGUGGACCAAAAGCCAACACCAGGCAGUGCCACGACUGAAAUCCUGCCAUCAACAACGACGCCACCGGCGUCCGCAUCCGCACACACACUGACAGAUGGGGACAAGAUGGAAGAGAGCAAGGGUCGCAAGCUAUCCUACCUGGACAUCCGUCGUGCCCAGCUGGAACGUGAGCCAACUCCUCCGCCCCCUACAGCAGAGGACCUGGCCCUGAAGCGCCAACAGCAGCGCAAACGGCCCAAGAAGCCUCGGCCUCCCCCUACCACUGUGUCACCCUCCGAGUUGUCCUCCUCCUCGGUGGCCCCCACUCGGCCCUCGCCAAAGGCCAAGAGGCCCCGCAAGGGCUCCCGAGGUGCAGAAGAAGACUACGAGCUCUUUGUAGAGGCUCUCAUGGUCCGACUUAGAGCCCUGCCACCGCUACGGAUCCUGGAACCCCUUAUCCGGCCAAACUUCAAUAUCGGGGUGGCUUUUGGCCGUGGCGAUUUAAACCUUAGAGAGACUCCACUGAAGGGCAGCUUUGGCAAAGCAACACUGCCUAGCCAGGCUGAUGUGUAUGCAUCAUUCCCCUUUGGGGACCAGCCUCCCCCUCCCGUGACACCCUCCUCUGUCGUGAACCCAUCCCCAACCCCCCUCAGGGGCUUCUACAACCAGGAGUUCUCCAUGCAUACCAGAGUAACUUCCGGUGGUGCGGAUUCCAAUAGGUGCCGUGAUGUGGACAGUCCCGACAGUAUCGUGGGCGCCUCGUCGCCAGAGAGCGCCAUGUUUGAUGCUCCAUACAACUUCCGUGGCCUCCAGCUCAUCGACGAGGACAGCAACGACUCGUCCAGGUCCCUCAGCUCCCCCACGGUGCCCAUUGUCGCGCCCAUCCCUGUCAAAGCUGUUCCCGUUCCUGCACUAAAGCCAUUCACGGACGAGAAGGACAAAGAGAAUGCGUUUCCGGGAGCUGUGCGUCCAAAGGUGUGCCUGCCUGGUCAAGCGUUCGGUGGUGGACCUCCUACACCACUGCGGGACUCUGCCAAUGUGUCUGUGACCCUGACCCUCACCUCUGAGGCUGUGGGUGACAUCAGGGGGGUGCUCUGCUCCCUGGCCAAGCUCCUGCAGAUAGAACCCCCGUCAUCGUACGAUAUCAUCGAGCGUACCACCACGCCACCCAGUCAGAAACUGGGGCUCUACAGUAACAAAAACAAGGAGGUGACAUUGGAAGAGGAGGCAGAGUACUUGGUGGAUGGGAAGCAACGUUUCUGCCGCCACUGUGAAAUCAUGGUCUCCCGCUCGGGUGCUGUCAAGAAGCAGGCUUCGCAGCUCCAGUCUUCCGGCAGCCCCAAGGAGGAACAGGAUGAAGAGGCGGUUUAUUUUUGCUCCAGCAAUUGCUACAUGCAGUACGCCCUUGCUCACCGCGCAGUCUCCAUUCCCCUCAGAAAGGAGGCUGCCCUAGUGUGCCAUGAAGCAAGAGAGGAGCCACCAAGUGAAGAAAGGGGAAUAUCUGCCAGGGAUGACCUGCAACAACAAGAAGACGAUGGGCUCUCAAAGGUCUCUGAGCUAGAAGCAGCUAUGAAAGAUGAUGAUGAAGAACAGACGGGUACAGAGAGCCGAACGGGAUCAGCACUCGAAUGUCGGCCCGAACCAGAGGAUGACCUCGAAGGAAGGUCGCUGGCAGACGAUGAAGCCAGCCCUGCCAGUGAAGGAACACCUCACCGCAAGAGAUCUGCGAAGCAUGCUCUCUCUAUUAGGGCUGCGAAAGAUCAGGAACCAAUGCUCAAGAAGUGGAAGGAUAUCAGGUGGAAGUUUUGGUCAGUGAAACUGGUUAAUCCGCCCACUUACAACACUACAUCAGAAGAUGUGUCACGACUUCUAGAUGCUCAGGAUAUAUGUGUAAAACCGGAAAAGCCAGUCGAGGACACGAGGCGGUGUAUACUGUGCCACGACGUAGGAGAUGGUGAAACGAAUGGUCCGGCCAGACUGCUGAACAUGGAGGUGGAUGUAUGGGUGCAUUUGAACUGUGCCCUGUGGUCCCAGGAGGUGUAUGAGACCGUCAACGGGGCCCUCAUGAACGUGGCUUCGGCGUGCCGUCGCGCCUGCCUGCUGACGUGCACCCGCUGCCACCGCACGGGGGCCUCACUGCGCUGUUUCCGCCUGCGCUGCACCAAUGCUUACCACUUUCCCUGUGCUACGCGUGAAGGCUGCUCCUUCUUUAAGGACAAGACGAUCCUGUGUCCAACACAUACGCCACGCAUCCAGAACCUUGAGAAUGUGCUCGAGUCAGUGGCUGUUUUCCGGAGGGUAUACAUAAACCGGGAUGAGCACAAACAAGUCGCAAGCAUGAUUCACAAAGGGGAGCAGCAUCUGUUGCGAGUUGGCAGCCUCAUCUUUCUUAACAUUGGUCAACUCCUCCCUCAUCAGUUGCAGGCCUUCCACACCCCAUCCUGUAUAUACCCAGUGGGUUUUAAGGUGAUACGCAUCUACUGGAGUAUGCAUCAGUUGGGUGCACGCAGCCGUUACUUCUGCAGCAUCAAGGACCUCAACGGGCGACCCCAAUUUGAGAUCCGUGUCACUGAGAAUGGCAAGGAGACUGUGCUUACUCACCUAACGCCAAAAGGGGUGUGGCAAAAGGUUCUUCAGCCCAUAGAGAACUUCCGCCGAGAGGCCCAGGCAAUCAAGGUCUUCUCGAACUUCAUCACAGGGGAAGACCUCUUUGGCCUUACGGAGCCUGCCAUAGUACGCAUCAUAGAGUCGCUUCCCGGAGUGGAUACCUUGAACGAUUACAGUUUUCGUUAUGGCCGGUCCCCCUUCCUCGAGUUACCUCUAGCCAUAAACCCUACUGGGUGUGCCCGGGCUGAGCCAAAGCUGCGCACACACUUCAAACGGCCACAUACCCUACACACGAGCCAUAGCUCGCGGCUGUCACUGCAGACGACGGGGGCCUCAGGAAUGAUGGGAGCAUGCGGAGACUCCUCGUCGCCCUACACCAAGCACUUUGUCCACUCCAAGUCAUCGCAAUACCGACGCAUGAAGACAGAGUGGCGUAACAAUGUAUAUUUGGCCCGUUCCCGUAUACAGGGUUUGGGACUCUACGCCACGCGGGACUUGGACAAGCACACCAUGGUUAUCGAGUAUAUUGGUCAGCUCAUACGUAAUGAAAUUGCGGAGCGCAAUGAGGCCAUCUACGAGGCACAGAACCGUGGUGUAUACAUGUUCCGUCUGGAGGAAAACAGGGUGAUCGACGCCACCUUGAGUGGUGGCUUGGCUCGCUACAUGAACCACUCGUGCAGCCCGAACUGUGUCGCCGAGGUGGUACAGAUUGACCGCGAGAACAAGAUCCUCAUUACGACUAAUCGCCGCAUCACUCGCGGUGAAGAGCUAACUUAUGAUUACAAAUUUGAUGUGGAAGAUGACCAGCACAAGAUCCCUUGCCUGUGCGGAGCCCCAAAUUGCCGCAAAUGGAUGAAUUGAUGCACUCGUUAAACCUUGCAAUCGUGGCUAUUUCCUUUCUAUACGAGAACAUCAAUGAAGAAUCGUCGCUAAUUCUUUGAUGUUAUAUGUAUAAACUGUUGGAUCCUAGUUCUUAUGUACAGAGUAGUAUUUUGUUGUUCCUUUUUUUUUUUCCUGUCGCAUUUUGACUUUGUUUCAUUCCUGUCAAUUUUAUGUCUGCCAAGAAGACUACGCACGAGCAAUUGUCUGUUUUGUUCCUUAGUAAUAUUAUGUACAAUUUAUACAUAGCGGAGGAUGAAAUGUAAUUUACUGCCAUGCAAUGAAUUGUGAUGAUGCAAACACUUCGAAGCUGAACAAUGAACCUGCCUCAUUUCCUCAACCUAUCUUAGUCUACUGAUUUUAAAACACAUCAUGUAUAAAAGACACAAGGUGACUUACUUUGCAGUGCAAUAAAUGUUUGUAAGACAUA